UCCUUUUUGUCUGUUAUAUGCUCAAUCCCAAAUUGAUAAGACAUUUGGCACCCAGACAAUACUUAAUUUUAGCAUAGUAAUCCUAUAAGAAAGACAUUGACAUCAAAAGAACAUCACAAGAAGAGGUUCUGAAGUUGCUCCAUUCAAAUAUUCAAUGGCUUCUGAGCUGCUAGCUCUCCUCCUUGCAUUCCUCCUCAUCACCAUUCAUCUCCUAACCAAAACAAGGAAUCCAUCAAACAGGCUUCCACCAGGGUCUCUGGGGAUUCCUAUCAUCGGUCAAAGCCUUGGUCUUCUCUGGGCCAUGCGCACAAACACCGGCGAGCAAUGGAUCAACAAUAAAAUCAAAAAGUUUGGACCCAUAUCUAAGCUCACUCUCUUCGGCAAUCCAACAGUCUUUCUCACAGGUCCAGUAGCAAACAAGUUCAUCUUCUCCAGUACUGACUCACUUGCUCUUCAGCAGCCACAAAGCAUGUGUAGAAUUAUAGGAAGACGAAACAUAUUGGAGCUCAUUGGCAAAGACCACAAGCGUGUCAGAGGUGCAAUCAGCUACUUCUUGAAACCAGAGGCCUUGAGGAAAUAUGUCUUCAAGAUUGACCAAGAGAUCAGGCACCACCUUAGGACCAACUGGUCAGAUCAUAACCAAGUUAAGAUUUUGCCAUCAAUGAAGAGUCUUACAUUCAAUGUCAUAUGUUCAACCAUUUUUGGGAUUGAGAGAGGUGCUCGUGAAAUUCUUGUGCAAGAUUUUGCGAAAAUGAUGACUGGAAUGUGGUCUGUUCCGGUAAACUUGCCAUUCACUAACUUUAAUCAAAGCUUGAAAGCAAGUAGCAGGAUUAGGAAAGAGCUCACCAAAGUCAUAGAGGAGAAGAGACGUGCAUUGAAGUUAGGCGAACGUUCUUCAGAUGAAGACCUCAUCACUUACUUGCUUAGCUUGGGUUCUGAUAAUGGUGAGACCUUAACUGAGGAAGAGAUCCUGGACAAUGCCGUGCUUUUGAUGGUUGCCGGACAUGAUACGACGGCUAUUGUUCUCACGUUCCUUGUUCGGCAUCUCGCCAAUGAUCCGAUCACUUAUGCUAAAAUUCUCAAUGAACAUGAAGAGAUAGCUAAAAUUAAAGCACCAGAGGAGGCUUUAACAUGGGAUGAUCUUCUCAAGAUGAAGUUUACAUGGAGAGUAGCUCAAGAGAUUAUGAGGACAAUUCCUCCAGUCUUUGGUGGAUUCAGGAGAGUGAUCAAAGAUGUUGAAUUUGGUGGUUAUCUCAUUCCAAAAGGAUGGCAAGUUUUUUGGAAUGCAAGCGUAACACACAUGGAUGAAAGUAUCUUCAAAGAACCUGAAAAGUUCGAUCCGUCACGCUUCGAGAAACAAUCGGAGAUUCCACCAUACUGUUUCAUUGCAUUUGGAGCAGGGCCAAGGAUAUGUCCAGGCUAUGAGUUUGCCAAGGCAGAGACGCUGGUAGCAGUGCACUAUAUGGUCACUAGAUUCAAAUGGAGUUUAUGUUGCAAAGAUAAUACUUUUGUUAGAGAUCCAAAUCCAUCUCCAAAGCAGGGACUCCCUGUUUCGAUUGAAGUCAAGGCUAGUCUAUAAGAAGUUCUUCCAAGCUGUUGAAUUUUAGAAGGGUGGUCAUGGUCACGGCUUGCUUGUCUUAUCCUCUUCACACCGUGUAUAGUUUGGUAACCGUUAAAUGGGCAUUCUCAUUGAAACAUUCAAUGCGAGCUUUAUGAUAGUGGAAUAAAUUUUAAAAUGUUCAUUCUGGGAAGGUGCUUUCUUGGGUACCACCACACUCCCUCCUCUUUCAAGUUGUUUUUUAUCCUUUGUUUUUGUUGUGUUUUUUUAGCUCGUUUCAUCUAUGGUAAUUGUG